AUGAAUCUGGCCAUCACAGAGGUCUAUUGCUUCGUCUUCGAUGAAGCUCUCAAAGUGAUCAUGCCGCGUUAUUUUGACUUCGACAAAACCACUGACUACGAUUUUGUUGGCUACAUCGCGGUAGGGAUCGUCGCCAAGCUAUUUCCUCUAUAUUGCCCAACGACAUCCCAUCAGACUGAUGACCUUGUCGGGCCUUUGCAUCUCCCUAUGCACAACACGGUUAUAGGCUUGGAUGGCAAGUCCUAUAUGGUAUACAACUGCGCGGGCCCAGAUGUUCUCCGUCUCGCGCGUCAUCCAAAAGGUUACUACCCGUGGUCCGGCAUCGACAUUGCAUCGCUCGCGAACAUGUCAGAUUCAGGUGGUAGUGUCGAUUUCAAUCAUCUUCCCCCCUUUGUUUCUGAAGACACAUCCCUUGCCCACGACGAACCCCAAAUUAUGAUAUUGGAAGGCCUCACGAACCAACGAUCACAAGGAGGUUCCUGGGUCAUCAAUUUAGCGAACGUGAUCUCUGAGGACAUUGUCAGCACACAACAAUCUCAAACAGCUCAAAAAACUGUCGUCGUGCCCAAGAAAAAGAAGAAGGCCCAAGAAAAAGACAACCUGAAGUGGAUCCAGCAAUUCCCCAAUUGGAAUAAGGCCCUUGCUUAUACCCGGGCCCUACUGCGAUUGGCAGUGUGUCGCGGCGAUGUUGGCAACCCCUACGACCUCCUGCAUCAACCUGUCGCCAGGGCCGAACUUUUGCAGAAUGUCUGGCCUCAGGCCCUCUGUACUGCUAACAUACGCCCUGAUCAAUUGGAAUCAGUUAACUCACCUACCACCAACAAACAUUUGACUCAUGCUGAGAUCUUGGUCUUCAUCAAAUCUUGGUUGAUGCUUUUCGUUUACAAUGUCAAACGGUUGGUAGGAUGCUCAGCCUACGAAUGCUUCGGCCUCGACCACAUCACUGCGAAGAUCUUAUUACUUGAAACGAUCCAUGGCAUACUGCAGUGUUUCAUGGAACCAAAGUCUAGUCUCCUCCCCAUCAAGGCAAAUGGUUUUGCAUGGUUCCUGGGCCAACCAAUGGCUAAGGAGAUUGCUUGGCAUGUUGUCUUCCGCCACAUGUACACAAAUGGUGUGACACUGGUGUUGGCGGAUCUUGAACCAACAACAUUCAAGGGUGCAGCCCACCCACCCAUGGCCACGUUGGUGUUGAUGAGCGCCAGUUGUUUCGGCGGUACCCUGGAAACGCUGGUGAACCUAGAAGGCAUCAAGGCCAAAGAGAUGCCUUAUCCAUCACAGUCUGUAAUAUAUAGCGGACUCUUCUGGAUGGGUCCAGUACUUACCGCCCAGCACCACGACUCGGAUCACCCAAUGCUCAUGUUCAACUUGGGCAAGUUGUGUAACGUUAUCAUCACCGAAGUCGCCCGACUGGGCCGGCCAAAGAAAGCCACCACGGGCCAGAAAAUAACAGUCCAUAAAGUUAAAGAGGCUCAUCUUGGCAAGCAAACUUUUGUACCUACAUACCAGACGUCCUCGAACACCUACUUUCUCGAUAUUGAACAUACCGAUAAUGCCCUGAACCAAUGGCUCCAGACACACGGAACUAAAGUUCUUCCCGACUCCCUCUUCAUCACAGCUUCUGUGCUGUUUGGAUGGGUCGACCCUCAUGAUCUCAUAGCUCUCCUUGACACGAGCCUCAGGGUGGUCACGACACAGAUGCAACUCCAGCAAGAAGAGGAGAGUUGCACAUUACCUUUUGUACAAAAAGAACAAUGUUUGAUGGAGGACAGGAUGUAUCGAGCUCAGAUGGAAGUUUCAUUAUUUAGCAAGGCUAUGGCGAACUUGUGUGAAGAACUAGAUACUCCAAAUCAUUCACCUAUGUCUCCUGUACCAAAGACGCUGUCUUCUUUGGAUGGCACAUACGUCAAAGACUCUGACUCGGCUGAUUCCAAUUGUUUCAAACUCACAGAAGGUGUUCGAGAAAAAUGCGAGGCGUGGCUUCUUGCAUGCAACACUUCGACAGUUGGUACCAGUGCCAGCCAAAUACUUCUUCAUUCUCCACAAUAUGUAACAAUUUCUCAUCCACAUGAACAUCUCUUAAGGGUAAGGGUUAUCAAUGCUAUGAGGGAGCGGGUUUUCUGA